GAUUGGUCAGCAUCCCCACCCUCCUGAAUCUCAACAGGCUGAAUCACAUGCAUUUUGAAAUUAUCAUGAUCAUGACUCUACUGACGAAUAUUACUGUUCCUAUUCUCUAUAUAUCGUUCAAGGCAGAAAUGGAAUGGAUGGGAUUACGACGUCGGGUUAUGAGAACACAUAUGCUGACGGUUGUUGAGGCCACAUGAUACCUAAAGCAAGCGGCACAGUUGCCUAAAAGUAUGACGAGAGGAGCGUGUAUAAAUAUAUAAACACUGAAAGUAUCAGCGCGAGAGUAAUCAAGCUCUUCUCUGUUACAGGAUUUUCAACAUGGCUUCUUCGAGUAGCCGUACAUUUUCACGUUCGGUCGUGCUGCUUUUUAUGUUUCUGUUGCUGAUAGCACAAACGAUGGCUCGUGAGAAUUUCGAUGCACGAGACGCCUUGAUAGCACUUGAAGAAGAAUGGGAAAACUUUGGAGAACCGGAUAUGGGUCUGUCAGACAGCAGCUACAUGUCUUCACCAAAACCUUUCAAGCCACAACCGCCAGAGAGCUACCGAGACUUUCAAAUCGAAUUGUCCGUACCGGAAGACACACGGUUUUUCGAUAGUUUACUUCAGUUCUUCAAUCAACCCUCAUCCACUGAAUACAGAAAAGCAGUCCAAACAUUCGAAAUUACAGGAUGGAGUGACGAAUACACCGAAAGCGUGAUCUGGCCCGGCAUUACAAAUCUGCUUUUAAAUCUUCCUAAUCUCUCAGUCCUGGAUUGGAAAAUUUCUCAACCUAUCCCCCCCGAGAUGCUUUCCAAUCUCAGCGUAACGAAUCCAGGUAUCCGCAUUCACUUACACAAACUUCCCCGCAUGAGAUAUUCCAAUCUAUGGUAUUAUACAGAGGUCUCGGAGAACUCCACCGCUGUGGCAAAUCGUCUGCAGGAAGAUGCACGUUCGAUCAUUGGCUCUCCAUUAUUAUAUUCCAUCAAUGUCGACAUCGAAAAUUCCUACCCGACAGAUCCGGCUUCGAUGCGGAUUCUUUUCGAGAUCCUGCGCUCUAAUCCGCCGAAUUUGCGGGAAUUACAGUUGAGAUUGUCGCACUUUGGAUGCGUGGUUGAUAAUGAGAUUGAGGCCUUUCCAUUUCUUUCGAGCGAGUUUAAUACAGAUAGGGAAAAUAUGACAUCGAUCCAAUUUCCCCCGCUGGAAAAGUUGGUCGUGGAAGGAUAUGACUUUGAGGAAUCGCCUGAUGGAGGAAGUGGAUGGUACAGGAAUAUCGAAACGCCCAAAGUUGAUUGGCGGACACUUCUCAAGUUUCCUUGGAAUAAACUCCCAAUGUGGCUCAUUGACCAGAUUGGAAAAUAUCGUUUGAGUAGCGUGAAUGCGAUUCGUUACAUACCUAUUGAACGACUUCCAUCCUUUGAUGGGGUGUCGAAUUUGGAUGUUUGGUUAAAAGUCAUGGAUUGGUCUAAAUUGAAGACUCUUCAUAUAAUAAAACCUAGUCCAGUUGCGGUGCAGAAAUUGGGGAUUGCAGGUGUAUUGACUGGAUUGAAAGAGCUGAAAAUCCAUGGAAUGAGAAAUCCAUGGAAAUACGACGUAAAAUCGGAAUGGGAAACAGUAGUGGAUUUUUUGGACGAUAUCACGAGCAACGGAACAAGUCUCACAUCUCUUUCGAUCCGUGAAACUUCGUUCCCGAGAAUGAUUACCUGCAACGAUUCGACAACAGAAUAUAAAGCUACAGAGAAAUUACUGGAUGCCUUAUUAAGACAUACGAAUCUCACAAAACUUCACAUGUACGACGGGAUACCAUUUUUCUCUUGGGGAUCAGACUCACAAUUACCGAAGCAGAUCUCCACAUUGGUUUCUGUUCUUAAUUCAUCGUCAAUUGAAGAUCUCGCAAUUGAUAUACCAUCACUCCCCGGCUCCAAUUACUCAAAGUCCGAGAAUGGUAAUUGGAAGACUGAUGGAAUUGAUCCGAAAAUCUCACAUGAAGAGAUAUAUAAAGCUUUCACGCCUCUUGCUCGACAGCCUCAGUUGAAGAGCGUGGAAUUCCAUGUUCCAGCACCUGAAUGCUGGUGGCAUCAAGUGAAACGCGUUAAUCGACAAGGGAUGUACACAAGAUCAGGAGAAGUAGAGAUAAUUGAAGUAGAUGAUCGUAAGUUCCAGGAUCAAGCGGAUAUGUUGGAAGUGGAAAGAUGUGAGAGGGAAGAAGAAGAGUUGGGGAAGAGGACGAGGAGAUUGUUUGAGUGGAUGAAUGGGGAAAGGGAAAAGAUCGGAGAAAAUGUGAUUGAAAGGUUGAGGGUUGUGGCGGGGAUCGAGUUCCUUUGGGGAAAGGAGGGGGUGGGGGUGGAGAUGUUGGGAAGGACGUCGUUCGGUUGGCGAUGGAGGGGGGAGAGUGGGGUUUGGAGUUGUUGGACCGGGGAGGAAGAAGAAGCGACAAAGUGUGAGGGGGGGAGGAGAUGGCGAGAAGAUGAUAUUUGGGGGUGAUAAGCGUGUGUUAGAAUUACUUUAAUUUUACAUACGAAUAGUGAGGAGUAGGAAUCAUGAAAGAGGAAUUUGAGAUUGCAUGAACAAGCCGAUUUAGUUUUGAUUGCCAUCCCAAUUUGAUUUCGGAAACGCACGCAACUACUAGACCGGUAUACUCAGAGAGUUUGCCGAUUGUUUUUACGAGAUAUGGAUAUAGAUGAGAUCGGUGAGGAUGAUUAUAACCACCCAUUAAUUGAGAACACACUUGGGUCAAAUGAUCUCUUGCUCUGCAAAGAAACGUUUGACCUGUUCUCUAUAUCCUGUGCCUUGAUUCUUGCGCCUCGGCCUAAUCGAUACAAUCAUACUUCCAGACGAUCACUCGAAGCGUAUCUAGACGAAUCAAAAAGAAUUGAAUAAGCAAUAUUGACAGGAUGAGGUUUACA